GUACCAGUCCCUAAAAAUAAAAGGGCGAAAAAUAAGGCAAAAUUUAGUAGACUUUGAUGAAAAUUUAACCCCUAAAUUAUCCUUAUUUCAAGUAUGUUGAUUAAAGUAAAGACAUUGACAGGCAAAGAGAUUGAAAUCGAUAUAGAACCUACAGACAAAGUUGAAAGAAUCAAAGAACGUGUCGAGGAAAAAGAAGGGAUUCCACCUCCACAGCAAAGGCUUAUUUUUAGCGGAAAACAAAUGAAUGAUGAAAAAACUGCUGCUGAUUACAARAUCCAGGGGGGUUCAGUCCUUCAUCUGGUACUAGCCUUGAGAGGAGGAAAGCGAUGAUUACUAGCCAAUAUGGCAUCAUGCAAAGACUUUGAAGGGAGGGGAGGGUAAAUGAUAUCCCUAGUACCUGUAAAAACAAUCUAAGAAAUACGAAAAAAUGCUCUGAAAAAUCCCAGAACAUUAAUUUUCUAUAUGUAAAUGUAUUGUUAGUUCUUGGUUAGUAUUUUAUGUUAAAUUGUUAGAUUAAGUUGGAGUUAGUAAAAGCUUUAAAUGUAAACUAUGAUAAUUACAAAUUCUAGGUUGAUUUGUGUGGUAUAAUUUGUUGCUUUGCAUGUAAUAGUUGCCUUCAAGUGGAAAGAGUGGGAGGGAAGGACAGUCUAACUGUGUCCUGUCUGUCUAGGGCUGCAUAUUAUUAGUGGCUAGUAUUCUGGCCUGUUCUGACUAUUUUGAUAAGGGCCUUUCUCAGGGAAUUUCAAAUUCCAAACUCUUGAGGCUUCUAGCCUAUCAAGGAGUUCUCUGUGCUUUUAUUUCAUGGUAAGCAAGUACAGCAAUCCAGCGGCAGAUUAAAUGUAGCAAUUAUUCAUGUAUGUAUUUGGAAAGUUUCAAAAUUUAGAACUUAUUGUUGAUAUUACAGUAAUGAAUACAAUGCAGCGGCCCAUUCUAAGGCUGUGUUGA